AGACUGCUCCGGUCAGGGGUCCUUUGGCUAUAACAUCAUGGCGGCCCUCUGCGGAGGGAGACAUAAGUGGAGAAGGCUGAAGUGUUUGCAGGUUUUUACCAGAAACAUUACAGGGAAAUAUGACUAUGACUUGGUGGUCAUUGGUGGUGGUUCUGGAGGCCUGGCCUGCUCUAAAGAAGCGGCACAGCUGGGACAGAAAGUGGCUGUUCUAGAUUAUGUGGAACCGUCUGCUAAAGGAACCAAGUGGGGUCUCGGUGGAACGUGCGUCAAUGUUGGUUGCAUUCCCAAAAAACUCAUGCAUCAGGCUGCUCUCCUUGGUACAGCAGUCAAAGAUGCAAAGAAAUAUGGCUGGCAGAUGCCAGAGACGGUCAGCCAUGAUUGGGCGAUGAUGGCAGAGGCCAUUCAGAACCAUGUCAGAUCUUUAAACUGGGGCCACAGGGUCCAGCUUCAGGACAAGAAAGUGAAAUAUCUGAACGUCAAAGGCAGCCUGCUGGAUGAACACACAGUGAGAGGUCUAAGCAAAGCAGGAAAGGAGACAAUCCUGACCGCCAAGAACAUAGUGAUCGCCACAGGUGGACGACCCAAGUACCCCACACAAAUCCCUGGAGCAGUGGAGCACGGCAUCACCAGCGAUGACAUUUUCUGGCUCAAGAGUUCUCCUGGAAAAACACUGGUGGUUGGAGCCAGCUAUGUUGCCCUGGAGUGUGCCGGCUUCCUAACAGGCAUCGGCCUGGACGCCACUGUGAUGGUUCGUAGCAUCGCCCUUCGUGGUUUCGAUCAGCAAAUGGCAGGUCUUGUAACAGAUUAUAUGGAGGCUUAUGGUACCAAAUUUAUUUGGAGAUCUUUGCCGAAAAGCGUGGAUAAGCUCUCCUCAGGGGCCCUGCAGGUGACAUGGAAGGACACAGAGACCGGCAGGGAGCACAAAGACACCUAUGACUCUGUGUUAUGGGCAGUGGGAAGAGCACCUGAAACCAAAGCCCUUGGCCUCGACAAGCUGGGCGUGGAGCUCAACACGCAGACAGGGAAGAUAGUGGUUGGGCCUGACGAAUCUACCUCGUUGCCAAACGUCUACGCUUUGGGUGACAUCAGUGAGGGUCGUCCUGAGUUGACCCCUACUGCCGUUAAGGCGGGAAAGCUCCUUGCCCACCGGCUGGCCGGUCAGAGCACCGACCUCAUGAACUAUGACAAAGUGGCUACGACCGUGUUUACCCCUUUAGAGUACGGCUGUGUUGGUUUAUCAGAGGAGGAGGCUGAGAGGCGACACGGAAAGGACGGGAUAGAGGUUUUCCAUGCCUUCUACAAGCCACUAGAAUUCACAGUAGCAGAGCGGGAUGCCAGCCAGUGUUACAUCAAGGUUAUAUGUGAGAAUGGAGGUGAUCAGAAGAUUCUGGGUCUACAUUUCACUGGUCCAAAUGCCGGGGAGGUUAUACAGGGUUUCUCUAUGAGUUUGCAGUGUGGAGCAACAUAUUCCCACCUGCUGCAGACGGUAGGGAUCCACCCCACCUGUGCUGAGGAGGUGGUCAGGAUCCAUAUUACAAAGCGCUCCGGUUUGGACCCAACAGUCACCGGCUGCUGAGGUUAAGCCCCUCGGUUUCUGAACGUCCUGAGCACACAGGGUCUCUAGGUGGGGACCUGGGUUCAUCCUGCUCUCUGCUUUCAUCUCUCCAUUUAAAUCUCCCAGUUUAACAGUAUUUACUGGGACUUUUUUCUGCCCCUCAGGGUCGAUUCAAAUCGGCUGAUUUCGGUCAUCUUUGUUUGCUGAAAACCAUUUAAUGACCAGGACUGUUUUUAUCCCGUAUAAACACAUGUGCUUUGUAGGAAAAGAGCCAAACGAGCAACUUUUUCAUUU